AUGUUAUUUGUUUUCUCUGUAGGUUCCAAAAUCAGAAUAACACCACAACAGCCAAAACAGGACUGUGUAUCGUCCAAGCAGCACAUGACAACUAAGGACGAUUCAGCAUUUGGAUUAUUAAUGGAAAAUAAUGAGGUCUCAUUACUUCCUCCACCUAUCUCACCAACUCUGUUUCAUGGCAUAAGCGGAAGAGAAAAAGCCCCUCUUACUUCAAAGAUCAUUAAGAGAAAUGAGAAUGAAAUGAAUACUAUCAAGCUGCAUAAAAACAGUCGACGACUUCUUAUUAAAAGAAAUCCUUUUACAGCUUCUUCAGUGAAUUCUACUCUUCCUAUACCUGUGAGAAAAUUUGAAGGUUACGAUGAUGUUUUAGAAAGCUUUUAUGAAACACAGAGACAAAGAAAACUCCUGAUGAGAGAUACCUGUCUUAAAUACAAAAGCAACAGCAGAAAAAGUAUUACUCCUCAUCAUGUUUCCAGAAUUUUUGUAGAAGAUCGACAUAAAAUGUUAUACUGCGAAAUUCCAAAAGCUGGUUGCUCAAACUGGAAGAGAGUUUUGAUGGUGCUUAAUGGAUUAGCUCAUUCCACAAGUGAGAUAAAACACAACACAGUACAUUAUGGAAAUUAUCUUAAAAGAUUAGAUAGUUUUGACCAAAAAGGAAUUUAUCAUCGACUCAGUUCUUACACCAAAGUGCUUUUUGUACGUGAACCUUUUGAAAGACUUGUAUCAGCAUUCCGAGAUAAAUUUGAACAUCCUAACAGUUAUUAUCAUCCUGUUUUUGGAAAAGCUAUAAUCUCUAAGUAUCGUGUAAAUGCUACCCAAGAGGCACUAAGGACAGGUUCUGGUGUGAUGUUCAAAGAAUUUAUACAGUACCUUUUGGACUUUCGCAGGCCUGUGGGUAUGGACAUUCAUUGGGAACAUGUGAACAGGCUUUGUAGCCCAUGUGUAAUAGACUAUGAUUUUAUUGGGAAAUUUGAAAGUAUAGAAAAGGAUGCCAAUUUUCUUCUUUACUUAAUUGGUGCUCCAAAGAAUCUGACUUUUCCUAGAUUUAAAGACAGGCAUUCCAAUGAAGAAAGGACAACAACUAAAAUCACACACCAAUAUUUUGCACAGUUAUCUCUUUCAGAAAGACAGCGGGCAUAUGAUUUUUAUUACAUGGAUUAUAUCAUGUUUAAUUAUUCUAAGCCUUUCAAAGAUCUUUAUUGAUUUUACUGGAUAAAAAAAUAUUUA